UUGACUAAAAUUAUACCCACUAAUUAUUAAAAAGAAUACACAGCGCUUCUCUCUCCUCUUCCACAGUCUCUCUCUGUCUCUCUCUCCGAUAUAUAUACAUUGCAUUGUGAGUUUGGACUGAUUAUCAUCGUUCGUUGAGUUAAUCGUCACCAUAUAUACAAACCUUCCAAGAUUACAAAAAACAAUCAAGAAAUCCUUCUGUUUUCCUCGUAAAAAAGGAAGGAAAAUUUCAGUCCUUUUUUCUUGAUUCUUGAAAUUCUCCCCCUGCAGUUUUCGGUUCAUCCUUCAUCGAUCAUUACACAAACACAUUUCUUGUGAAAAUCACACAUUGUUUGUGUAAAUGGGGAGGAAGAACAGAACCUUAAACAACGGGAGAUUGUCAAGAAUCGGCAGCUACGCCAUAGCUUCAUCGAUUAAGGACCCCUCUUCCAUUUCCUGUACGACCUUCAACAUCCUCGCACCUAUUUACAAAAGGCUCAAUCACGAGGACCCCAGCUUCAGAGAAAGUGAUGUUAAAGAUCAUUGGAUGGAUAGAAAUCAGAGGAUUUUGAAUUGGUUAUUGUGUGAGAGAUCUUCCAUAAUCUGUCUUCAGGAAUUCUGGGUUGGGAAUGAGGAGUUGGUGAGCAUCUAUGAUAAGAGGCUUGGUGAUGCUGGUUACCUCAAUUUCAAGCUUGCUCGGACAAAUAAUCGCGGAGAUGGUUUGCUGACCGCCGUGCAUAAGGACUAUUUUAGGGUCAUCAACCACCGAGAGCUUCUUUUCAAUGAUUUUGGCGACCGUGUUGCUCAGUUAUUGCAUGUUGAACUGAACGCGCCCUUUUCACAAAAUCUGAACAGUCAUGUUCGUCAAGAACUUCUCAUAGUGAACACACAUUUAUUGUUUCCACAUAAUUCGAGUAUGUGCUUGGAGCGAUUGCGUCAGGUCUACAAAAUAUUGCAAUAUGUGGAAUCAUAUCAAAAGGAAAACAAACUUAAGCCCUUGCCUAUUUUACUAUGCGGUGAUUGGAAUGGCAGUAAGAGAGGACAUAUUUAUAAAUUUCUCAGAUCUCAGGGAUUCGUAUCAUCAUAUGAUACUGCUCAUCAGUAUACUGAUGCAGACGCGCACAAGUGGGUGAGCCACCGUAACCACCGUGGCAACAUCUGUGGUGUUGAUUUUAUAUGGCUUCUCAACCCCAACAAAUACCGGAAAUUGCUAAAUGCUAGUUGGAGCGAGGCGGUGUUGGGGAUGUUCAAGUAUCAACUUAGGCGAGCUUCACUGACAGAAGAUGAUGCCUUUGCGUUUCUGAAGGCUGAUAACGACGGUGAUUGCAUCUCAUAUGCGGGCUUCUGCGAAGCACUGCGACAGCUUAAUUUGAUCGGCCAUUGUAACGGAUUGAGCAAUGAGGAGAUACAGGGACUGUGGGUGCAGACCGACAUGGAUGGAAACGGUGUCGUUGACUACAAAGAAUUUAAGCAAAGGAUAUGGAACGCCUCAUGGUUCGAGCAAGGAGUCGAGGCGAAUGAGGAGGACUCUUUAGCCACAGACACGGAGCAGGCGAUUGGAUUCAGCGUCAAGAACGCUGUCCUCUUCCCCACAGAGGUAGAGAAAGGAAUGUGGCCGGAAGACUACUCUCUUUCAGACCAUGCUCGACUCACUGUGGUGUUCUCACCGGUCAGAAUGCCGUGCCCUCGACUGAUCACUUCAUGACACCCGUUGCUCGUUACCGGACUCAUGCAGGACCACGACCAACUAGAAAUCUCCGAGGCCUAGGGUUGUCGGACUGAACAAUCAUUCUGCCGGAAUAACCUCAGCAAAUCGAACCGGGAAGGGUUGUGAUGAGGUCUGCUACAAAGCCCGGCAUCAUAUAUGGCGCCAGCUGCUUAUGCAACCACGGUACGCGCUCGUCCCGUCGCCUACGACUUCGUUUGUAGAUAGGAAUACCCCAGAAAAUUUACUACUCUAUGGAUGAUUGUCGUAAUAGGGAAACACAGCUCUCUCAGAUUGUAGUUUAGUGAGAUUGCAGCCUUAAACCUAUCUUACCUCAAUGUGCCAUUAUUUACUGUCAUUAACACUCUCUUUUCAUACUAUAUAAUAUAUUUGUAAUAUAUUUUUUUGUAUUUUGUAAUGAGGCCUUCUCUUUUAUACAAUAAUUUAUAAUUGAAAUUA